AUGUACUUUCUUGACUGUCCAUUUGAAGAGAAGGAUAAAGUAAAGGCACUAGGAGCCAAGUGGAACGGCGGCCAAAGAAGCUGGUAUGUGCCUGUGGAACUCUACAGUCAAAUCGCAAUCUUCAAUUCAUGGACACCAAAAGGAAGAAUCUUUUUGCAAGUUCCUUACAAAGACAAGGAUGCGGCUAAAGCAAAUGGUGCUCGAUGGGAUGCUACCGUCAAAUCGUGGUACUGCAUUAAGCUAUCACCCAAAUUGAAGCAAUGGGCAAGUAUUGGAGCACCAUCAAAACAACAACCUGUCCCUGCUUCACCCAGUAUCCGAACACCAUCACCGGCAAAAUCAAAAGCGAAGACAUCCGCGCAACGUGGAAAUGCGGAACAAGCAUCACGCAUACAAAUAUCAGAUAUCUUGACCGUGAGUCAGCUUCAGGAUGAGUGCCGGCACCGUGGCAUUAAGGGAUUGUCUGGGAAAAGCAAGACUUGGCUCUUGGAUCAACUGGGUGUCGGUACCGUUUGGCUAAGUCAUCCAUCGUCAUCCAUCACCAAGACUGGUACUCCUGCAAAGGCAAAGAAAAGUCCAGCAGGAUCCUCUUCGAGCAAAACUACUGGCAAACCCAAAGCAAAAGCAGCUUUGACCGAGAAGGUCGCAAAGAAGAAAGCACCAACGCCGACCAAGAGAUCUGCUCCUGCUGAAAAUCCGAUCACAAUUGCAUCAUCUUUCGACUGGUCUCAGGCCCCACGCAUCACCAGUAAGCUGACCAUUCCGCAACUAUCGUAUGAACUCUUGACGCGAGAUCCAUCGGCGAAGGGAUUGUCCAGCAAAUCCAAGUCUUGGUUCCUGUCCAAACUAGGUGAAAACUCGGUAUGGACGACAAGCCAGGACUUUUCCAGUCAGACGCUUACCAAUGCUCCUGUCGUUACUGAUACUCUCACCAAAGGGCAAUUGAUGUAUGAAAUUAUGGCAAGAAUGCCGGGAACCAAAGGGCUGUCCUCCAAGAGUAAGGACGACCUAUUGACAAUGGUGGCUGUCGGCAGUAUUUGGACGACCGGAGCCGUGACAACCAAUGCCGCUGGUAAAGCUCCCCCAGCAAAACGAGCCAAGAAAGAGAAAACGACAUCAACACAUCGCGUGAAAGUACCGUCGCCAACUGCUCCCUCAGUGAAUGCCCAAGUGCAAGUCAAGACGUCGGCUUCCCCAAAACGGACGGGAGUAAAAGCAAAGCCACCAGGGGCAAAUGGUUCAAUACAUGAUCCGAUUCGUCUGGAUACUAGUAUUUCUCCUGAUAGGGUCGCCUCUUCCAAAGCAACUCGCUGGCCCAUCGCUUCUUCGGCGCAAGCACUGCAACCUAUUUCUCCAAUAGUGCCAGUCACAUCAUCAUCGUCUUCAACAGUAGUGCAGUCUGUUGCGAGAAAGACGGCGGCUACCAAUAAGAAAAAGGCAACUGUUUUUCCGAAACCAGAUGAUCAAUCUGUCGUCAGCAAGAACAUGACAGCGGCGCAGCUGCUCCAUGAGAUUAAAUACAGAAAUCCGAACGCAACAGGCCUUUCCGGAAAGAACAAAGGUUGGUUGGUUGCAGAGCUUGGAGAUGGAACUCCUGUUCUUGGUGUGAAAGCAGAUGCUGAAGCCAAGGCUUUGCACGUCUAUAAGGUUUCCUUCGUUUCACAUCUUCUGGCUGAUUCCAGCCUACUUCGGGCCCCGCGUAACAAUGGACUAUAUGUGAAUCGGACUAGAGCGGACAUUGGCACAUGCGUAUGCGAUGUAGCGCAUCCUUUAGUCUGUUCCAAGAGACCUUAUCGUUCGAGCGAGCUCCACGACUAUGACAUCUGUAAGGCUUGUUUUGACAUUGAAUCGCUACCAGAGCACGAGCGCGAGAAAAAAAUCGCCGACAUUGAAGAGAGGUACCAGAAAGUAGAACUCGAACGCCAACGGGAAUGGGCGAAGCAACAACAUGAAGAGGAAGCUCGUUGGAGAAAAGAAACAGAGAGAAGAGAGAAGCAACGGAGAGAAGCGGAAGCCCGUUGGAGAAAGGAAGAAGAGGAAAGGGAACGGGAGAGGGAUCUUGCUCACGAGGAGGAUUUGCGACGAUUCACGGCAAAUAUCAAAAAACCAAGUAAGGCCAAUACUGACAAAAACCGCAAGAAGAAAUUCACAAUUUGGGCCAAAGAGACGCACCCGAGCUGUGAUAUACCUGAGAAUCCAGAGUUUGACUCUUCGUUUGAAUCGUUGACUGACGCAAACCUUCGUGUGGAAUAUUUGUUCUACUACCGCAAUCCUUUAGAGGAGGAAAAGGACGACAUCUAUACCAAGGAAGAUAAGCUUCUGAACAAACAAUUUCGCUAUUUGAUGACUGAUAACGAUCACGGGCAGACGUAUUCUGUUUCGACUAUGCCUAGUGCCGAUUUCGAUGCUGUGGCUUCUCUUCAAGGAUUCCAUGGUGACCGCCCUGCAUGGUCCCGUGAACAAGAACUCGAAGCCUAUCUUCAACAAGACAGUUUUCCAGCCUUUAUCCGGAACCCACCCAAGCAAAACUUGUCACAAAACAAGAAACUCCGGUAUACUGUCUGGACUUCCGAUGGAUAUGAUAACGACAGAUGGCACUCGUAUGAAGGCCCUCCCGAUAAGGCAUUUGAUUCUUCGUUUACAAGCCUUGAGCACGCAAACCAAAGAGCAGAAUUUGUUUUUUAUUUUAAAAAUCCUUGGGGUCUUGGACUCGACGAGAUGGAUCCUGCCGAGACUGAUGGCACGACCAAGACUGGCUUUCGAUUCCUUCAGUGUUGCCCAGAUGACAGUUCACGUUGGACCGUAUCAGUGAUUCCAUCUUCAGCAUUUCCUUUCAUGAACAUGAUGUAA